CACACACACACAAUAUGACCGUGACGUUGGGAGACGUAUACAUUGGGAGAAAAAUGGGAAGACAAAGCCCUUUACAAGUGCACAUGAUGAAGACUGAGAGGUAAACAAAAUGAAUACAAAUGAAUACAUUAGUAUGAGUUUGAAACCAUUUACUGGCAUUCAACUGGCAAAUCAGAUAAACAAAAACAACUCAUCAAGACGGAUGCAGUCUUCCAUGUGGGCUGCACUGCAGAGCAAGAUAUGGGUAGAAAGGGAAGAGCUAUUUCCAAAUGAUGGUUAUUAAAAGCAUGAACACAUCCGUUUUAUCCAGACAGUCUUCAAAACUUACGAGAGUUUGAGAGUAUGUGGUUCACGUUUAUUCUACUUCAGCUUCUGCCUCAGCUCACCCUCAGUGCUCACUGUCCCAGUGGGUGCGUUUGUGAUGUUAAGGGUUCCGCAAAAUGCAUUGGGGGCAUCACCGACAUACCCCCUCUCGACCCAACCAUGACAUUUCUACUCUUGCUAAACAACACAAACAUAAAGGUCCUCAAAGACAGAAGUUUUCAGUCGUUCUCUCUUCUGCUACGGUUAAUGAUCACGCAUAGCGCUCUUGACACCAUUCAACCAGAAGCCUUCCACGGUGCUCCGCAGCUCCUGUCUAUCAAAAUGUCAUCAAACGCACUCACUGUCUUCCCACCCAAUGUGUUUAGUGAGCAGAACAACUUGGAGCAACUGCAUUUAGAUGAUAACAAUAUAGUUUCCAUCACUUCAGACCUCUUCAAGGGGUUGGUCAACCUAGCCGAGCUAGAUUUGAGCAAGAACCGCAUUUCCCGGCUGAAUGCUGAUGUUUUCCAGAACUUGACUAAGCUGAAUUACUUAAACUUAGCUGGUAACCAACUGAGGAGCCUCCCAAACACGGUUUUUCACAACCUAAGGCAACUCAAAUCUCUGGUACUCUCGUCCAACCAUCUGGAGACUCUGGAAAGUGGUUCCUUUGACCAUCUAAGCAACCUGUUGUUGUUAAUGCUACAGAAGAACCAGAUCCGAGAGAUUCCUCCGCGUCUUUUCUGGCACUUGCCAUCCCUGCUCACCCUCUCAAUGUCAGGCAACCAACUCAGGUAUAUUCCAGACAAAAGUUUCUACUACUUACCCAACCUAACCAAGCUCACCCUCUUCAAGAACCCCUUGAUCUCCCUACCUGACCAGCUGAUGGGCAACAUGCCGAGGCUCCAAGAAUUUAACCUUUACGGAACUAAUCUUGUCACUGUCCCUUGGAACCUUUUUGCUAACAUGACCAACCUAUUGCUUCUCAAUUUACACUUUAACGACAAUUUGACCUCCCUACCAAUGGAGCUCUUCUGUUGCCUGCCCAACCUGAUAAAACUGUCCCUGAAACACAACAACCUUCAGGCACUGGACCCGGAGCUCUUCUCGAAAUUGACUAGUCUUAAAAUUCUAAAUCUUAAUGAUAACAAACUUGAGUCUCUCCCAGCGACAAUCUUUUGCAAUGCCUCAAGACUAGAAAUACUGGACCUGAACCACAACCAUCUAAGGUAUCUCCCUGGAGAUAUUUUUGUACACACAAGGGCGCUGAAUGUUCUCUCUCUUAGUGGCAAUAAAUGGAAGUGUGAUUGUAGUAUUUUGGGUAUUGCAGAAUGGAUUCGCAACAACACAAAGGUAAUCAAUGACUUAGACAAAGGAGUAGCAUGCUACGAACCGUACCACUUACAAAACCAUCCGCUGCAAACAAUGACCUAUGAAGAACUCCAGUGUGGUCGGGGUGUUUUGCAGACAUGUUUAUUUUUUCCAGACAAAGCAUCAUUCCCACACAAGGUUCCUGCAACAUCAACCCCCCAGUCGUCUUUGGCUACAAGCACAAAACCAAGAACUACAGCGACUUCAACUGCACCUUCAACUUCAAGCACUUUUGCAACAACUGCCUCUCUAAUUUCUCCUACAUCUGAUCAUACAUACAUAAAACAAGGCAAUGACUACAAUGAUGAUCUGGUGUUCUACAGUACAAUUGUCUUGGAAAACGGACCUGAAAUUGUUCACAACAAUCAUUACGGUGGUUGGGUGUACCUGUGGACUGUCCCGACGACUGCUCCAUACAGUGGCUUCAUGAUGGCUUUGUACAUUGUUCUCUUGGUCAUCGGUGUAGUCCUGAUUGUGGCCACCAUGUAUGCUUUGUAUCGACUUCAUAAGGUGAUGUGGGUGUUAGGGAAAGUCACUUUGGGAGACAAUCAGAGAAUAAAGGCGAGAAGAGUACGAAGCUUCAAAGUCAAACUCUAGAGAAAGCUUCAAGGUAUUAUAUAGGAAAAUGUUGUGUUUUCUUUGCACAUUGUUAUGCAUACUAAUUCCACUCCAUACAUAUAUAUGGGGAAAACAAAAGUCUGAGUUCACUAAUCAAAAGCUUCUAUCAUGCAUUUUUCUAAUUUUAUACAAGUUUCAUUACAAAUGAUGUUCAGCACAACAAUUUAUGUGAAAAGUUGAAUGAAUUUCUUGUUUCCAGGUUUCAAUGAAAAUUAAUUUCUUGGUUUUCAAUAUGGUCUCAGAAUUAUGUACACAUAUACUUGGUUUUAUGUCAAAAGCUAAGCAUGACCAUAAAUGUAUAUUCUUGUAAGCAUUCAUUUACAGCCAUUUACAACGAAUCAUUUGUUUCUUUUUAAAUAUAUUAGUUUUCCUUUCUGCAGUUUCCACAUUCCAAUGCUUUACAUUCACCAAAAAAUUAUAUGGACACACCCUUGCUUGCUGUUUGCAAAAUUUUAUCUGUAAGACCAAAUAAAAUGUUUCUGUAGCCUA